AAUUGCAUGACGCGGAAAAUGCGACUCUUGAGCUCCGUAUCGCGCAUUUUUGGAGUUGUAAAUAGGAAGUCAUCUUCAACCACUGUAAAAACAGUUGCACUUAUACCUGGUGAUGGUAUAGGCCCAGAAAUAUCGGCAGCUGUUCAGGAAAUUUUUAAAUUUGCUGAUGUUCCUAUUAAAUGGGAUCCAGUGGAUGUAACACCUCGACCCACAGAAGACGGUCGCUUUCGUAUGCCACAGUCUUCACUAGAUAUUAUACGCAAGCAUGGGAUUGGGUUAAAAGGUCCAUUAGCUACUCCGAUUGGGAAGGGUCAUCAAUCUUUAAAUUUAGCAUUACGAAAAGAGUUCAAUCUUUAUGCCAAUGUUCGACCAUGUAAAUCUAUUGAAGGCUAUGAAACUCCUUAUAAAAAUGUUGAUUUGGUUACAGUUAGAGAGAAUACUGAAGGUGAAUAUUCUGGUAUAGAACAUGUGAUUGUAGAUGGUGUUGUACAAAGUAUUAAAUUGAUCACUGAAGAAGCAAGUCGACGUGUUGCUAGAUAUGCAUUUCAAUAUGCAAAAGAUAAUGGUCGACGUAGUGUAACAGCUGUGCAUAAAGCUAAUAUUAUGAGAAUGUCAGAUGGUCUAUUCCUUCGAGUAUGCCGUGAAGAAGCUGCACACCAUAGGGACAUUGAAUUUUGUGAUAUGUUUUUAGAUACUGUCUGUUUAAAUCUUGUUCAAGAUCCAACUCGUUUCGAUGUAUUAGUUAUGCCAAAUUUAUAUGGUGAUAUAUUGAGUGAUUUAGCCGCUGGUUUAAUUGGUGGUCUAGGUGUUACACCAAGCGGUAACAUUGGUGAAACUGGAGCUAUAUUUGAAUCAGUACAUGGUACCGCUCCUGAUAUUGCUGGUCAAGAUCGUGCCAAUCCAACUGCUCUACUGUUUUCAGCCAUUAUGAUGCUUCGUUAUAUGAAUUUAAAUAAGUACGCAGAUUUGAUUGAAUCUGCUGUAUUGGCUACAAUUCGUGAAGCGAAAUAUCUUACGGCGGAUCUUGGCGGUCGUUCAACUUGUUCUCAAUAUACUAAAGAAAUAUGUCGUAAAAUUGAAGAGAAAGCGUCAAAUCGAUAAGAAUGAUACUAAUUACUACAAUAUCUUGAUUGGGAUACCAUCAACUCUCUAAUCUCAUAUGAUUACAAAGUGGAUUAUCUUAUGAUAAAUUAAUUUUCUAUUCCAAUUUGUUACUUAGUAGUACAUUAUAUAAUCGAUUUGUUAUUAAACUGGUUCUAUUUUAAGUUUGAAUGUUACUCCAGUUAUUAUCUUGUUUUAUUAACAUUGAAUUUGAACUACUUCAUCGAUAUCGAACAUACAUACAUACACACAUAGACACACACACACACAAAUUAGGUGUGGCUUUACCACUUAGUACUUUGAGUUAUAAUUAGUUACCAAGGCAUUUUUUAAUUACGUUUCCCUUUUUCUUUUCACUGUGUAGAAAAUAUUAAAGAUACUUCAUAA